UGGAGCUAUUAAUUCGCUUAAGUGUUUCUGCUAAAAAACUAAACUGAAAGUACCAUGUCUAGACCCGGAGAUUGUAAGUUAAAAUCCUUACACGAUGCCGUUGAAUCAAAAAAUUUAGAUUUACUAGAAUCGUUAUUGAAAGGAGGUGUUGAUCCAAAUGCGAUUGACAACGACGGCAUGACAGCUCUGAAUUUUAUAUGUUCGCUUACCAAGUUGAUGAAGAUCGAUUUAAAAAUGAUUCAACUUCUCAUCCAGUAUGGAGCUGACGUAAAUACACAAGAUGAAGACGGUGACAGUCCGAUGAUGAAUCUAUUUCAUGACGAAUCUAAUGAUAUGAGAGUACGCAUUGAGGCAUUGAAAAUACUUUUGAAAAAUGGAGCUGACGUCACACACAUUAACAAUGAGAGUGAAACUAUAUUCAGAGACAUCAUCCUUUAUAAUCCAGCAAAUUCAGAUACUGCAGUAGCACUUGAACUGCUUUUAAAAAACGGCGCUGAUCCAAACACGAUGGUUGAUAAAUAUGAUGCGACAGCUCUUAAUUUUGUAUGCGAUGAACCCAAGCUUACAAGGGUCCACUUGAAAAUGAUUCAAAUUCUUCUAAAAUAUAAAGCCGAUGUUAAUAUUCAAGAUAAAGAUGGUUUCAGUCCUAUAAUGAAUUUAUUUCGAUGUCCAGAAAAUUACAAAUUACGCUUGAAAGUUUUCAAGUUAUUACUGGAAAACCAAGCCGAUGUCACAUUGGUUGAUAAUAAUGGUUAUACAAUAUUACACCAUAUCUUUUUCAACGAUGUAGCGAAAAAUCCAAUUAUUUUUGAAGUAAUUGAAUUGUUGUUAAAAAGUGGAGUUGACGUAAAUAAACAAAAUGAAAAAGGUCAUUCUGCACUUCAUCUAGCGGCUGACCACUGUGAACAUGUGAAAAUAAUUGAUCUGCUUUUGAAAAAUAGUGCUGAUCCAAAUAAAGCUGAUAACAGGGGCAGGACACCUCUGCAUUUUUUGUGUCUUCAAAAAAAUUUUACGGAAGUUCACUUGAAAAUGAUUCAACUUCUUAUCCAGUAUAAAGCAGACGUCAACGUCCGAGAUGAAGACGGUUGGAGUCCUAUAAUAUACUCAUUGUACCCAACAGAAGAUUACAAAUUUGAAAAUUUGAAAGCUUGCAAGUUAUUACUUGAAAACGGAGUCGAUGUCACACUUGUCGACCACGAGGGUAAUACAGUAUUGCAUCUUAUCUUCCAAUACAACACACUGCAUCCAAUUAUUUUAGAAGCAGUUGAAUUGCUGCUAAAAAGUGGAUUUGACGUAAAUGUCCAAAAUAGAAAUGGUAAUACAGCGCUUCAUGUAGCAGUGCUUUGGAAAAAUAGCGACGAUCCAAAUAUCGUUGAUAACUGUGUCAGUACACCUCUGCAUGCCAUAUGUUGUCGAACUGAAUUGACGGAGGUUCAUUUGAAAAUUAUUCAACUUCUUAUCCAGUAUAAGGCCGACAUUAAUAUUCAAAAUUUAUGCGGAUUAACUCCUAUAAUGAACUUACUUAAUGAAACAAAAGAUUGUGAUUCAUGCUUGGAAGUUUUCAAGUUACUAGCGAAAUAUCAUAUCAAUGACACAAGUUUAGACGAAUUAGGCAGACAAAUGUUGCCCAAAAUGUUUACAUCAUGGAUUCCAAUAUCAAACAUUGCAAAAGAAGUUGAAUUUCUGCUAGAAAGUGGGGUAAACGUGAAUAUCCGAGAUAAAUACGGUUAUUCUGUUCUGCAUAAUGCGGUUCAAGAUUUAAAAGUAGAACAGGUUGAAUUUCUAUUAAAAAAUGGAGCUGAUCCAAAUAUAACUGAUGUUAACGGUAACAUACCUUUGAAUUAUAAUUUUCGAUUUUAUAGUUCAAUACAAUUACUGAACAGUUUAGAGAAAUUUUUGACAAUACUAAAACUCAAUAUUGAAUACAAUGCAGACAUUUCUCACUGUGGUGGUGAUGGCAAAACUGUGUUGCACUCACUUAUUAUAGGAUUAAGCUCAUCCUCUUCAAGAUAUUCUUUACCAUACGAUGAAGAGAAAAAUCAUUUGGAAAGGAUAUCGAAAUACGUACAUCAGUAUGUUGAAAUAUUGUUAAAACAUGGAUUAGACGUCAAUGUCAAAGAUCGAGAUGGAUUUACUGCUCUCAACGAGGCGGUGUCAUAUUGCAAUUACGACAUAGUAAAAAUUCUUUUGGAACAUGGGGCUGACGUCAAUACUGUGCAAUUCAAAGGUGGAUUUUUGGAACAUAAAGUGCCAGAAUCCUUAAACCUAUUGACGACACUAAACGUCCUAGCUAUUAUCGAACUGUGGCAGAGCAAAGGUUUCCAAAUCAAUAACCAUCAGUAUUUAAAGGUAUUUAAGUUUUUAACGUUAUUUGAAGAUUCGGAAAUGAUCAAUGAUCGUCAUUCAUUACUACGUGAAUUAUGGUAUAAAUCAAAUACGUUACUCAUCAAUGAUCUCCACUGGAAAGAUGUUUUUGAAUUUGGUUCUGGAUCUGUGAUUAGAAAAUACGUUGAAACUAUAUUUCUUGCUCUUAAUGACAAUUCAAAGUGUAUUGAUUUUGAUAUUGCCUCCCUAAAAAAAGUAUUAUAUAACACCAUUAAAAAACAUCUUAGCUUGGUAGAAUAUGGAAAUAUGUACAUGGACAUUGAAACGCACAACUAUUUGCGAAAUACGUUGAAUUCACUUGUUUCCGAGAUUCCGGAAAUUGUUCAACAAAGAACAUACAAAGACAUUCGAGAUCAAGUUGACUUAGCUAAAGAGAUGAUCAUUAGUAAUAAUAUUUCAUAUCUGGAUCUUUGCACUUCUAGUCCUGAUAAAACGUACAGCUUAUUGCAAAAGUGUGAUUAUGAAUCAGCGAAAAACUCAGCAAAUUUCAGGAGAAAUUUUGAUGAUACUGGAAAAAUCGGAGGUAUUAUUCGAGGAUACAUUACUAAAGCUUUAGUAAGGAGAUUUUUGAUAAAAGCGACAACUGACUCAAUUAAAUUAAUGUCUCAUGGUAUUUUACCCGAUUUAUGUUGUGAUAAAAUCAUCAAAUUUUUAGACGUUAUAGACUUAGUAUCGGUAUAUGAAGCAGUUAUUAAUUAUAAAUUUUAAAUCCGAUACA